AAUGUCCGAGAAAAGUCGUUCUCGCAGUCGUACUCAAACUCCUAGUCGAAGUAGGAGUAGAAGCCGAUCCUCAAGAGAAGAUUCGGCCCCUUCAGAUCGUCGAUCACUCAGCCGAAGCGUAAGCCGAGAAAGGUCGGCAUCCACAUCUCCAAAAAGUAAUGGUAAAACCGACGUGAAAGUGUCUGAUACAGAAGAAGAACCAAAGGACGAAGAAAAGAAAAAGAUUGAUUUCGACGAUGAUCUGCCCCCUUAUUAUCCCGCCCUACAGGGCUGUAGAUCAGUUGAAGAGUUUCAGUGUUUGAAUCGUAUUGAAGAAGGCACUUAUGGAGUUGUGUAUAGAGCCCGUGACAAACGAACAGAAGAAAUAGUUGCCCUAAAAAGAUUAAAAAUGGAAAAAGAAAAAGAAGGCUUUCCCAUUACUUCUUUAAGAGAAAUAAAUACACUACUUAAGGGACAACACCCGAAUAUUGUAACCGUUAGAGAAAUCGUAGUGGGCAGUAAUAUGGACAAAAUUUUCAUUGUCAUGGACUAUGUCGAGCAUGAUUUAAAGUCUUUGAUGGAAACCAUGAGGCAUAAGAAACAAAGUUUUACUCCAGGAGAGGUUAAAUGUUUGCUCAAACAAUUGUUAUCAGCAGUAUCUCACUUACAUGACAACUGGAUUUUACACAGAGACUUGAAAACGUCGAACCUUUUAUUGUCCCAUAAAGGGAUCCUUAAGGUGGGCGACUUUGGGCUGGCAAGAGAAUAUGGAUCGCCGCUGAAACAGUACACGCCCAUUGUAGUUACUUUGUGGUAUCGGGCGCCCGAGUUACUCCUUUGUACUAAAGAGUAUUCCACACCAAUCGACAUGUGGUCUGUAGGGUGUAUCUUUGGCGAGUUGCUUUCAAUGAAUGCAAUUUUCCCUGGAAAAUCAGAAGUAGAUCAACUUAAUAGAAUUUUUAAGGUAUGUAAAGACUUCCAAUUUUUUAAAAUCACUAAUGGGAUANUUAUUACUGCUGAAAUAAUAAAGCCAAUAAAGUGCCUGUGA